ACCUUCGUGAGUCAAAGUUGCAGGUUUUAUUUCUACGCUUGCAGUUUGACAAAUUGUUCGAUUCACAAAACUAUCUAAAUCCAAGGGGAAGAUCCUUCGGUCUCUCCUCGCAGCUCUCUUGUUAUUCUCUGCAUAUCUACUUGGAUUGAGGUAUGGAUAGGAAUUCACAGAGAGGAAUGGAGUCGCUUCAGCUUCAAGGGGUGGUUAUAAUCACUCUGCCACCCGAAGACAACCCCUCUAAGGGUAAAACAAUUACUGCAGCUUUUGCUCUCUCCGGUCCUCCUUCCUCUCAAAUUCAGCAACAAGCUCGACAACAACCACACCCACAACCAGAAGAAGACAGUCUUCCCAUUCGAUCAUCACCAAAUUCUGAACGCUAUUUCUCAUUUAGAGGAGUCUUAUCUGGUAAACCAAAACAAAUUCUGAGAUUUCUGGCUGUUUCCGUCUUAUUGUUAUUCUUGUGGAGUUAUGCUUCUCCGGAAACCCUUCUUGAAUUACGCGAUCACGAUGAGGAUCGGGAAACCAAUUCUUUCGUUUUCACUUUGCAUCCCAAGCCGGGUACUCUUGAGAUGUUCCAUCGGGAUGUGGAACUUAAAUUAGGGAGGUUUGUCGAGGCAAAUUCAGAUGCUGUCCUGGUGAUGUUCAAUGGUGGAGUAAAAGAUGAGGAGUAUAGAAUUUCUCUAUCGGCUUCUUCUUCGUCUGCAGUUGAUAAAUCCACCGUUUUCCCUGUCAGGGGGAAUAUCUAUCCAGACGGAUUGUAUUAUGCAUCUAUUUACGUUGGCAGCCCUCCAAAACCUUAUUAUCUUGACAUGGAUACUGGGAGUGACUUAACAUGGAUUCAGUGUGAUGCUCCAUGCAUUAGCUGUGCCAAGGGACCCCAUCCUUUGUACAAGCCAAGUAAGGGGAAAAUAGUACCUCCCAGGGAUUCAUUGUGCCUAGAAGUGCAGACAAGUGGAUCUUGUGAGACUUGCCAACAAUGUGACUAUGAGAUAGAAUAUGCAGACCGGAGUUCCUCCAUGGGUGUUCUUGCAAUGGAUGACCUGCCACUUAUGAUUGCCAAUGGAACAGAGGUGACAUCAAAUUUUGUUUUUGGGUGUGCUUAUGAUCAACAAGGACAACUUUCAGUCUCUCCUGCAAAUACAGAUGGAAUCCUCGGACUUAGCAGGGCAAAAAUUAGUCUUCCUUCUCAGUUAGCAAGUCAGGGGAUUAUCCGUAAUGUGGUAGGCCAUUGUAUUAGAAGUGAUAAAGAUGGAGGUGGAUAUAUGUUUUUAGGUGAUGACUUCAUACCUUGGUGGGGUAUGACUUGGGUCCCCAUGCUUAGCAGCCCUUCCAUGAAUAACUUCUAUCACACAGAAAUCAUGCAAAUGACUUAUGGAGGUGGAAAACUCAGUCUAGGUGGGGUGGAUAACAAUGUAGGACGAGUAGUUUUUGAUAGUGGCAGUUCUUACACAUACUUCACUAGGGAAGCAUAUUUGGGUUUAAUCGCGUCUCUUGAAAAUGUUCCUAGUGAAGAACUUACUCGAGAUAAAUCAGAUUCUACCUUGCCAAUAUGUUGGCGAGCUAAAUCCCCAAUUAGAUCUGUUAAAGAUGUUAAACCAUUCUUUAAGCCCUUGACCCUUCACUUCGGGAACCGAUGGUGGAUUCUCUCCACAAAGAUGCUGAUUCCUCCAGAGGGGUACCUAAUUAUAAAUAUGGACUUGCCACUGACUGAGGCAUUACUGCAGAAGAAAGGCAAUGUGUGUUUGGGGAUCCUUGAUGGAAGCAAAGUUCAUGAUGGAUCCACAAUUAUACUUGGAGAUAUCUCAUUGCGUGGACAACUGGUUGUGUAUGAUAAUGUCAAUGAGAGAAUAGGGUGGGUCCGAUCAGAUUGCAUCAAACCCCAAAAACUGGAGAGUUUUCCUUUUCUCUAGCCAGUAUAUAUGCAUACAGAAUUAUGUAAAGCAACCAGUAUAUACGACACAAACCAUAGAGAAUUUUCUGCAUAAUCAUUCACUCUUGUUGUACACAGUCUAUAUUUUUGCUCUAUUACUGAGGAUACUUUGUACAUACUACUAGUUCAGUAACCAUGCAUGCUGAAAAAUCCUAUAUCGUGUCUAUAAUGCAUUUCCUACGUCCUUGUCUUACACAAAUUACAUAUUCUUUGCCCAUUUUUACCCUUUUCUGUUUUGAUAUUCUUACUUGUACUUUUCAGAUGCUAUCACUAGCAUUUGUAUUUUCUCAUCCUAUUUCUAAUUAUUCAACGGCAUCAUUUUUUCUUCUUCUUUCUUCUAAACUCUGCCUCUUCACACAACAUCUCCACCUCUGGACAGCAACAACGGCAGCAGUAGUGCCUGUAGCCCAGUUACAAGUUGCAGAAGCUAUGCUGUACCUUCGGUCCUCGAGAGAGCAUUUAAAGGCCGCAAGUUCUUUUAUUUAUUUAUUUUUUUUUUUCGUUGUAACUGUUGUGCACCAAGAAAUUUGAUUGUGGUCAAAAUCUGCUUGCUCACCCUUUCUCUUUUUUAUUUGCUGAUGUGUUCUUGGUUUUCUUUAAUUUCUUUUUGGCGAUUGGGAUUGGAAUAAAAACAGCUAUUGUGUAGGUAUAUGGACAGACAUGUUCUAUUGGACUUUCUAUUCCAUUGUCUUCAGCAGG